AAUAGGUGCAAAACAGUGAGCCGAGACGAGAGCAAACCCCCAGAAGCCGCAGAGAGAAGGAGAGAGCGGAAUCAGAGAACGCAAAGCAAAAAUGGGUUGGAUCGGGGAUUCUAUUGACUCCAUCAAAUCCAUUCAGAUCCGCCAGCUCCUUACCCAGGCCGUCAGUCUUGGUUCGAUGAUUGUUACAUCGGCCUUGAUAAUCUGGAAGCAUUAAUGUGCAUUACUGGCAGUGAAUUCUCCUGUUGUUGUUGUUCUUUCUGGAAGCAUGGAACCUGGGUUUCAGAGGGGUGAUAUAUUGUUCUUGCACAUGAGUAAAGAUCCUAUUCGUGCUGGGGAGAUCGUUGUUUUUAAUGUUGACGGUCGUGAAAUUCCAAUUGUCCACCGCGUAAUUAAGGUUCAUGAACGGCAAGAUACUAGAGAAGUUGAUGUCCUCACGAAAGGAGACAACAACUAUGGAGAUGACAGACUUUUAUAUGCCCAAGGGCAGCUCUGGCUUCAGAGGCAGCAUAUAAUGGGCCGAGCUGUGGGGUUUUUACCUUAUGUUGGUUGGGUGACUAUUAUCAUGACGGAAAAGCCCAUUAUCAAGUAUAUUCUGAUAGGUGCACUUGGGUUACUGGUUAUUACUUCCAAGGACUGAGAGUUGAAACAGAUGCGAGGUUUAGUUAAACUGGAGGAAAUAGGUUAAAAAUUUACAAGCUGGUGGCAGCCUCUCCUUGGAUUUGGUAAUUCCUGUGAUUUAUACACCGGAUAUAGAGUACUUGGUUUUUGAUUUUAAAGGGUUAAUUAGCCACAAUACAUGUGUAUGACUCGGAAGAAUUUUGUUUGGAGUGGAACCAUCAUCUGUCUUAACCUUCUUGCCCAUUACCUCUGCUUCUAAACUUCCAUUGAAAUGUCAUAAAGUUAUGGUCAAGCUAAAUAUGCCCUUUGGGAAGAACUUUCUGAUGAAUGAAUGAAUGAACCAGACUUAUAUCAUAUAUCCUCUUUGAGGGUAUAUUACUCUGAAGUAAA